UCCCCAUCACCUGCAGGUUCAAAGCAUACCUUAACCAGAAAGGGCUGUGGGUACCUUUCUACCCCGCUUUCGGGCGGGGCUGAGGUCCACUGAGCAGCAAGCUACCGGGAAGCAGAGAAGAACUUCGAGGGAGACUGCCCGGGCGGGCAGUGGUUGAGUGAGGGGAACCGGGUUGCCGACCCAUCGCUAUGGCCUCGCUCCCCGUAGCCGCGAACUGGACGGACGAGGGAACAGCGGGUGCGGACGCCGGGAACCCGAGUGCCGCGCUCGAGGCUGGGGCAGCCACGGCAGAGGCUGACCCCGAGUGGCUGCAACUGCUAGCCCAAGCCGGCAAUCUUUCCGCUUCCUCCUCCACGCUGGGACUGGCCGCGGCCUCCGCGGCGCCUUCGCAGUUCCGGGCCAACCUCACCAACCAGUUCGUGCAGCCGUCUUGGCGCAUUGCGCUCUGGUCCCUAGCGUACGGCGUGGUGGUGGCCGUGGCGGUCUUCGGGAAUCUCAUCGUCAUCUGGAUCAUCCUGGCCCACAAGCGCAUGCGGACCGUCACCAACUACUUCCUCGUGAACUUGGCUUUCUCCGACGCCUCCAUGGCCGCCUUCAACACCUUGGUCAACUUCAUCUAUGCGCUUCACAGCGAGUGGUACUUCGGCGCCAACUACUGUCGCUUCCAGAACUUCUUUCCUAUCACAGCGGUGUUCGCCAGCAUCUACUCUAUGACGGCCAUUGCAGUGGACAGGUAUAUGGCCAUUAUUGAUCCCUUGAAGCCCAGACUGUCUGCCACUGCAACCAAGAUUGUCAUUGGAGGCAUUUGGAUUGUAGCAUUUCUACUUGCCUUCCCUCAGUGUCUUUACUCCAAAACCAAAGUCAUGCCGGGCCGUACUCUUUGCUAUGUGCAAUGGCCAGAAGGUCCCAAACAACAUUUCACUUACCAUAUUAUUGUUAUUAUACUGGUGUACUGUUUCCCUUUGCUCAUCAUGGGUAUCACAUACACCAUUGUUGGAAUCACUCUCUGGGGAGGAGAGAUCCCAGGGGACACCUGUGACAAGUAUCAUGAGCAGCUAAAGGCUAAAAGGAAGGUUGUAAAAAUGAUGAUUAUUGUCGUGGUGACAUUUGCCAUCUGCUGGCUGCCCUAUCAUAUUUACUUCAUCCUCACUGCAAUCUAUCAACAACUAAAUAGGUGGAAAUAUAUUCAGCAGGUCUACCUGGCUAGCUUUUGGCUGGCAAUGAGCUCAACCAUGUACAACCCCAUCAUCUACUGCUGUCUGAAUAAGAGAUUUCGAGCUGGCUUCAAGAGAGCAUUCCGCUGGUGUCCUUUCAUCAAAGUUUCUAGCUAUGAUGAGCUGGAGCUCAAGACCACCAGGUUUCACCCGACUCGGCAAAGCAGCCUGUACACUGUUACCAGGAUGGAGUCCAUGACAGUGGUGUUUGACCCCAAUGAUGUGGAUAAGACCAAAUCCAGUCGGAAGAAGAGAGUGCCUCCAAGAGACCCAAGCUUCAACGGCUGCUCCCGCCAGAAUUCCAAAUCUGCCUCCACCACUUCAAGUUUCAUAAGCUCACCCUAUACUUCUGUGGAUGAAUAUUCCUAAAUCCAUUUCCUCAGCUGAAAGAGUAGGGUGAGGCCAUCAUGGUGCCACCAUAGGCCCACACCCUCCUGAUUGUCGGUCAGCCCUGUCCUACAUACUCUCUGAAUAUAGAAGGGCAAUUUUUAGGCAACUAUGUUUCAACUGAGAAAGAUAGCAUAUAAGUGUAACAGACACUAUUCAGAUAUUUGCCCCCUCAAAAGUAAAAUGGCCUUUAAAUUUAUUCUUUGAAAACUGAAUUAUUAUAUGUAACAGAAAAAUAUACUGAGAAAUACUUGUAGAAUGUUCCAUUUUUCUCACUGAAAAACUGCAAUAUACAUUUGUGACCCUAAGGUGACAUAUGAUUUUCCCAAAAGAUUAAAGAACCUUUAAAAUAUAAUUAUGUGAGUGAAUUAAAACAAAACCUAUAUAAAAUGAUAUGUUUUCAUCU